CUGAUCUCGUACAAUCAGCAGCAACAUCUCCAGAAGCUUGGGUGAAUGGUACCACAAUGCCACACUUUGCAGAAUUAUCCGUUGGGGCUGUAGUUGAGAACCUCAAGAAAGCGAGAGAGAUAGCACAUGGUCACCCUGGAAUUCCUGAAGAGCUAGGAUGUUACUUGCAGAAAGCUCUUGAUGCAGCAGGAGAAUUGGACCUUUGCUUGACAACAGAGGCAUGUUCUAACAGGACAACGUCAUCCAAGGAUUGCCUUUUGAAUGUCCAAUUCAGUGAAAUGAAGGUCGAGACUAAUGAAGAGCAGCUCUCAAGCUAUGCAGAAGAGCAACUUCACAGGAUGCUGGUGCGUAUGACGGGAGCCAAAAUGAUUUUGAUAAUAGGAAGGCUAAAAGUCCCAUCCAUUUUGGCUAUGGCUGAACUGGUGCCAGAAGAUAGCAGCAUAACCAUAUGUGCCACACAGCCCCAUUUUGGAGAAUCCAGCCAGGAGGCCUUUGAUUUCUCAGCUCAUGGCAACAAAAUGAGGGCACAAAUAGGACCAAUAAUGGACUCCUUGGAGGAGUUAGCAGCCGUGGGGAAAGAUUUUGAUAUAGUCUUUAUUGAUGCCGAUCAAAGGAACCCUGCAGAGUACUAUCGCUUUGUCAUGGAGAACCAUUUGCUAAGGAUGGAUGGGACGCUCUGCAUAGAGAACACCCUCAUGAAAGGAGAGGCCUACCUGGAGAAUACGGCAGAUGAAAAUGUAUUAGGUGUCAAAAAACUGAAUCAAGUAAUUAAUUCAGAUCCUCGCAUGGAGCAGGUGGUCCUCCCUGUGGAAGGUGGCUUGAUUCUUCUCCAAAGGAGUCGGAUAUGGGCCGAUGAGGAGACUAACCUAGCAGGUGUUGUGAAAGACGACGUGUUUUGGGGCCACCGUGGUCGCCGCAUCCUCGACCGCCUGCAGCUGGACGGCAAAGUCGCCUAUGUCACCGGAGGAGGCCAGGGGAUCGGCCGAGCCUUUUGCCAUGCGCUGGGGGAAGCAGGGGCGAAAGUAGCUGUGGCGGAUCUGGUGCUUGCCAAAGCAGAGGCAGUAGCAUGUGAGCUGAGGCUCAAAGGGAUAAAAAGCAUUGCUAUAGCAGCAGACAUAAGCAGACCAGGAGAUGUGCAGAGGAUGCUUGCUACGAUCGUAGAUAAGUGGGGCACAGUCCAUAUCGCAUGUAACAAUGCAGGGAUCAACAUGAAUUCGCCAAGCGAAGCUACCUCCCUGGAAGAAUGGGACAAAACUUUUAAUGUGAAUUUGCGAGGCUUGUUUUUGUGUUGCCAGGCUGCAGGCCGCAUUAUGCUGAAUCAAGGAUAUGGGAAGAUAAUUAACACAGCAUCUAUGGCAAGUUUAAUAGUUCCUCACCCACAGAAGCAAUUAGCUUACAAUGCUUCGAAAGCCGGGGUUGUAAAGUUAACUCAGACGUUGGGGACGGAGUGGAUUGAUAGAGGAGUGAGAGUGAACUGCAUUUCUCCGGGGAUUGUUGAAACACCGCUCAUCCAUUCUGAGGAGCUGAAACCUCUUGUGCAGUGCUGGCUCAGGGACAUCCCCGCCGGAAGGCUGGCUCGAGUGACAGACUUGCAAGCUGCCGUAGUAUACUUGGCAUCUGAAGCUUCAGAUUAUAUGACUGGCCACAACUUAGUCAUUGAAGGAGGGCAAAGCUUAUGGUAGAAAAGGGAUGGAAAUGCUCUUUCAAUGCAUGCGGAGGAAUGACAGGCACACAGGAAAGACUCCCCUGGUCACAUUGCAGUUCUGCACGAGUUAUGAGUGUUCGGAUUCUCUCCCCACGUUGUCGAUUAAUUCCUUCCUUCCAAAAAUACAGCUUUUAAUUUCCAAACUGCUAUUUUAGACCCAAUCUACAGCAGCUCUUGUCUUAACAAAAGUCAGCAUGUGGAGGUUUGCUUAUUUUAAAAAAAUAUGCCCUAGACUGAAUGCACACACACACACACACACACAGAGAGAGAGAGAGAGAGAGAGAGAGAGAGAGAGAGAUUUUCCCACAUUCAGUUCAGUGGAGUAAACAGAUUGCCACUAUGCAAAUAAUUUUGUACUUAAAAAAAUUAAAAUAAAGCAGGAUCCUAUAUUUUAGCCAGCAGAGAAGACAUCCUGUUGCCAGCUUGAAUGUUGUGUUUGAAUCUUUGCUAAAUUACUGCUUCAAUUAAUCAAGAAAAUUUGUUGAUACUUCUACUGCAGCUGCAAUGUCAAAUAUAGGGGGGGGGGAAUUGCACAGGGCGGGGAAAGAGAAAUGCUUGAAAUGCUAAGUUAUUCUUGCAGCAGAAUUUUGUCUUGAGAAAGAAAACCUAGGAUUGACAGUCAAUGUUAGUCGGUUUGUGUUGUAGCCCCCCCACCCCAGCUUUAAAUGGAAAUGAUUCCAGGAAUUGCUCUAACAGGUGUUGGGAUUGCAUUCUGCAUUGCAAAAUUAAAAUCACUUUAU